AUGACCUGGCACUUUUUGAUAGUUUCUGCAUUGAUACCAAUUUGCUGUACCCUCAUUCCAAUUCAAAUGGUCACUCCCCUCAUAGUGCAGGAACUAGUUACCUACCUACUUACCUUAUGCCACCAUCGGCGAAAAGAGAGAUGCCAGUCUCACAGGAUCACCGAGCUCCGAAUAAACCGCCAUAAUCCCGAAUCCCACUCGAGAAUUGAAGCUGGCAAGCACAGGAGAGACGACAACCUUCUUCCCCCGUGA